AUGGAAAACCAAGACUUGCCAGAAGAGAUUCUAGAAAAGCUAAAAAAUCUCGAAAUUGAACUACAAGAUGGCGAUAUUACGCUGAAGGGCUUUGAGAAAAAAAAGGCGACUCUGUUAGCCGAAGUCUCGCAAUCUUCUACACCAACACAAGGAAGUGAGACUGAAAUACUUGAAGAACUAGGUCCUGAGCCGAGUGCAGCCGACGUGGUUGAUUUUCUCGAUUUCUUACCUUCGCCUACACAUUCCCCUACGCGUACAGCUGAAGCAGUCAAUCAUAUGGAAGAGAAUCAUCGACAAAUGCAGCAGCAAUUACAACAACAACAACAACAACAACAACAACAACAACAACCUUAUCAACCAUUACAGCAACCAAUGAGACCAAUUCAACAGCAACAGCAACAAUAUAGACCCUAUCCCACUGGCAUGGCUCAUGGUAAUCCACCUAUGAAUGCACCCUAUAUGGGAACCUCUAUUCCACAACACAAUCGUCCUUAUAUGAUCCCUUCUCGUGCUGGAUACCCUCAACAACCACAGCCACAAAUACGGCCCAUGCAGCCAUCGCCUAAUGCUAAUACUUACUACGGACAAAGACCUCCUCCCAAUAUGGUUUAUAGACCACAACCACAACCACCACUACCACAACAACAACAAAUGUAUCAAUCAAGACCUCAUCCAAAUGCACAACAGUCUAUUCCAACACAAAUGCAAACAUCUCCUGGAAAAAUGUACAGACCUCGACCAAAUAAUGGUAUGGUCUAUAGACCACAGCAACAACAGCAACAACAGCAACAGCAAUAUGGUAAUUAUCAAUACAAUAGUAAUAGCAGUGGUAUGGGUAAUGUCAAUAGACCAUAUCCAACAGGCUAUUAUAAGUAA